AUGGCUGCCCAAGCCCAACGUGAGCAGCAAGAGAGACAACAACUACAGCAGCAACAACAACAACCAAUGACCAACAAUUCUGAUGCUGCCCUUGUAUCAAUGGGCACCGGCCUACCAUCGGCUGGGAUACAGCAUCUGCUUUUGGAAGAUGACGACGCCGAGGAGGUUGGACAAGCUGGGAGCCUUGUUCAACGAGAAAAGAUUGUAUUUUUAGAGAACAACUUGGAGAAACUGACACGAGUCCACAAGCAACUUGUCCACGACAACGCCGAGCUUCGAAUUGAGCUUCCUAAGCUAGAGAAGCGCCUCAAGCUAACCGUGGAGCGCGUACGUACCCUCGAAACUUCCUUAAAGGAGGCAAAAGAAGGCGCCAUGCGUGAUCGUAAGCGCUACCAACACGAGGUAGAACGCAUCAAGGAAGCUGUUCGGCAGCGCAAUGUUUCGCGUCGGGGGCAUUCACAAAUAGCCAAACCUAUUCGCGCUGGGCAUGCUCCUAUCCCAAGCUCACUUACUGGCAUCAUGGGCGGUGGUGGUCAUCCUUCGCUUUCUUACUCUAACACUUGGGUGACCGGCCCCAACUGA